AUGCGAAUCUCGAUUUCCCGUAUCGGCUCGAAGUUCUUUUAUUCCAACAACGACACUCAAUUCUUCAUUCGAGGCAUUGCCUAUCAGGAGAACUACAGCGGUGGGGGCGCCAAGGGAACCGGCGAGACCAGCAAAGAAAUCUACAUCGACCCCUUGGCGAACGGCGAUCAAUGUCAGCGCGAUAUCGUCUACCUCCAGCAAUUGCGCACUAACCUCAUCCGUACCUAUGCCAUCGACCCAUCCAAGAACCAUGAUGAUUGCAUGCAGAAGCUUGCCGAUGCUGGAAUCUAUGUCAUCAGUGACCUCUCCUCUCCGGACGAGUCGAUUAAAGCGGAUGAACCCUCGUGGAAUUUCGAUCAAUACAUCCGGUACACAUCUGUCAUAGAUUCUCUGCACAAUUACGACAAUGUUAUAGGGUUCUUUGCUGGAAACGAGGUUGUCAACCAGCCUAACCAGACAGCCUCGGUUGCCUUUGUCAAAGCCGCAGCGCGAGACAUGAAGGCAUACAUCAAGAAGAAGAAUUACCGCAAAUCUCUGGGAAUCGGCUACGCGGCAACAGAUCGGCAGGAUAUCCGCCAGGACAUGUCGGCCUACCUGAAUUGUGGAGACCAGGACAGUGCCAUUGACUUCUACGGUUACAACAUCUACGAAUGGUGCGGUGACAAGACUUUCUCCUCGUCUGGUUACGAAGAGCGAACCGAUCAGUACAGGAACUACUCCAUCCCGAUAUUUUUCUCUGAGUACGGAUGUGUCACCAGCGGUCCCCGAAGCUUCCAAGAUAUCCCUGUCUUGUACAGUGACAAAAUGAACGAUGUUUGGAGCGGCGGAAUUGUCUACAUGUACUUUGAUGUUAGUGGAGGUGAAGGUUAUGGCCUCGUCUCUGCAUCGGGCAGCUCCGCAACCCCCGGAAUCGACUUCGCGUCACUUUCAAAGCAAAUCCAAAGCGCGACCGCAACUGGCGUCAACAAGGCUAGCUACAGUCCCUCCAAUUCCGCGCAGGAAUGCCCGACCGCCAACGUCAAUUGGCUGGCGCAAUCGAGUCCGCUACCUCCGUCUCCCAACGGUGACUUUUGUGACUGCUUGAUGGGAACCUUCGAAUGUGUCGUCAAAGAUGCCGUGGACCUUAAGGAUUAUCACACGCUUUUCGGCCUGGUCUGUGGCUUCGGGAAUGGUAUUUGCGAUGACAUAGCUCAUAACGCUACGACCGGUCAUUAUGGCGCCUCUAGCGCUUGCAGCCCCAAGGAACAGCUUUCCUUGGUCAUAAACAACUAUUAUCUGAGCCAGAACAAGACAGAGAACGCUUGCAACUUCGAUGGUCAGGCACAGAUCCACGAACCGUUUGGCACUCCGAAGGACUGCAACUCCCUCAUCGGACAGGUGGGGGGCACUGCAACUGUCAGUGCUGGAGGGACUGGCGCAACAUCUACCUCCAAAGGUGCCGCUGCCCAUAUGGUGAACCCGGCUGCUGUCAUUGUUGGUGGCUGGCUUGGUCUGGGCUCUUUGGCUGCUGCAAUUCUGAUCGGCUCCCUUAUGGUAAUUUUGUGA